AAAAAAAAAAAAAGGUUAGAUAAUAUAGUACAUGGGUUUGCCCGCCUGAUCUGUGGAAAAGCAGUUUUGGGAUAUUUUGUAGUGGAUUAUUUCUACCCGUUGAUGAAUUGAAAAGAAAGUGGCUGCCAUGACGACAGACGAGGCGGAGAGCGUUAAUACGAAACAGGUGUGCGAGCAGCAGCAGGAAGAGGAGAACCCCGCUGCCCAGGAGCCCAGCCCCACUGACACAGCUCAGGACCGCCCCUCUGGCCCUUCGUCGCCCCCUGGGGGCUCAGAGGACGAACAGCAGCUGAAGCCGCGGCAGCGCACCUCCACUGGCCGCGGCCUCUCCCGCCUCUUCUCCUCCUUCCUGAAGCGCCGCUCGCAGUGCUCGGAGGGUGAGGGGGUGGAGACAGAGAGGGUCCGGGAGUCGGAGGGCCAGUACGAACCCAAAGCUCCCAUUGCGGACCCCGAACCAGAACUUCGCAUAGAAGGCGAUGUUGCUCUAGACCAGCACUCAAUCAGCAGUGCUGAAAACCAGCAAGUCGUAGCAGAUCAGAAAGAAAACGCAGAGCUGGAGUCUGUAAAGGGAGAAAAGGGGGAGAAGAAGGAGAAGAAGGAGAAGAAAGAAAAGAAAGAGAAGGAGAAGAAGGAGAAGGCAGAUAAGGAGAAGACUGAGAAGAAAGAGAAGACAGAGAAAAAAGAGAAGGCAGAAAAGAAAGAAAAGAAGGAGAAAAAAGAGAAGAAGGACAAGAAGAAUGAGGACAAGGCCAAAGCAGAUGAGGCAGAGAAAGACAAGGAGCGAGAGAAGGUGAAAGAGAAGGAGAAAUUAGAGCCCAAAGCACAAGAUGCAGCAGCAGCAGAAACAGAAGCAAAGGAUGAAGGAGAAAAAGAGGCAGAGAAAGAGGAGGAGAAUGCUGUGGUGGUGGUGAAGGAGGAGGCGGAGGAGGACGAGGACGAGGGAAAGAAGCAGAAGGCAUCUCGCCGCCCCAAGAUCAUGCAGUGCAAAGUCACACUGCUGGAUGAUACCUUCUUCGAGUGUGAGCUGGAUAAACAUGCCAAAGGCCAGGAGCUGUUCGCACAGGUGUGCGACCACUUGAAUCUUCUUGAGAAAGACUAUUAUGGCUUGGCUGUAUGGGAGACGCCAACUGUAAAGACAUGGUUGGACUUUUCCAAGGAGAUCAGACGGCAAGUACAAGGCACCAAUUAUGAUUUCACAUUCAAUGUGAAGUUCUACCCUCCCGAUCCAGCUCAGCUAUCGGAGGACAUCACCAGGUAUUAUCUGUGUCUGCAGCUGCGUAAAGAUAUCAAGAGCGGUCGCCUGCCCUGCUCUUUCGUGACUCUGGCUCUGUUGGGCUCAUACGCUCUGCAGUCUGAACUGGGCGAGUACGACCCGGAGGUCCAAGGCACCGACUAUGCCAAAGAGCUCCACCUGAUCCCAGGACAGACAAAAGAGCUCGAGGACAAAGUCAUGGAGCUUCACCGCACCUACAGGUCUAUGAGUCCAGCUCAAGCUGAUAUGAUGUUCCUGGAAAAUGCCAAAAAACUUGCCAUGUAUGGGGUUGACCUCCACCAGGCAAAGGAUCUGGAUGGGGUGGAUAUAAUGUUGGGUGUUUGCUCCAGUGGUCUGAUGGUGUAUAAAGACAAACUGAGGAUUAAUCGUUUUCCCUGGCCCAAAGUUCUCAAAGUCUCCUACAAACGUAGCAGUUUCUUCAUCAAGAUCCGGCCAUGUGACAUGGAACAAUAUGAAAGCGCCAUUGGCUUUAAACUGCCCAACUAUAAGGCUGCCAAGAAACUGUGGAAAGUGUGUGUGGAGCAUCACACAUUCUUCAGGUUGACGUCCACGGAGGUGGCCACAACUCCCAGGAAGUUCCUUGCUUUGGGAUCAAAGUUCCGCUACAGCGGGCGUACCCAGGCUCAGACCCGUCAGGCCAGCUCCAUGAUUGACAGACCCGCCCCCCAUUUCCAGCGCUCUGCCAGCAAGAGGGCGUCCCGUAGCUUAGAUGGAGCAAUGGUCUCGACCCCGGAUAAGAACGCCCGUCCUGUUAGCGCUCCCAUCAUGUCUCCCAUCUUCCUGGGCGAUGCGGCCCCUUCCCCAGUGGUGACAUACGUCGCCCGCACGGACCGUAAAGAGACAUCCACGCCCACAGGCCGCCCGCGAUCCACUGAGAGAAAGAGUGAAAUGAAGACAGAUGCACAUGUGACAGACAGCUCCAAAACACAUGGCACCAAAGCAGAGGGCACACCUGAGAUCAAGACGGUAGCCCGACGAGAACGGCGGCACCGUAACACCCCGGUGGUGACGGCCACCAAUGGGGAGAGAAAGAGCCAGUCGCCACGGGCGGACACAGAGGUGGUGCGCAUGAGGAAGAAAAGAGCUAAGAAAAUUGAGGGUGAAACUAUUUAUAUCAGACAUAGCAAUUUAAUGUUGGAGGAUGUGGAUAAGACACAGACAGAAAUCCUGCGUCAUCACACCAGUAUCAGUGAGCUCAAGCGGAGCUUCAUGGAGUCUGUUCCGGAGCAGCGGCCUAGUGAGUGGGACAAGCGUCUGUCCACUAACUCGCCCUUCCGCACUGCCAGCAUCAACAGCCAGCUGCAGCCUGACUCUCCUGUGGUGAAGACAAAAACUAUCACCAUUUCUGAUGUCACCAACUCACUUCGUGGUGAAGUCACUACCAAGGACGUCCCGAUAGUGCACACAGAGACCAAGACCAUCACUUAUGAGUCUGCACAGCCCAAUGCUCUGUCAGAGAAGGAGUCUGGGAUGUUGCUGAGUGCUCAAACGAUCACAUCAGAGACUGUGAGCACCACCACCACAACACAGAUCACCAAGACGGUGAAAGGUGGAAUCUCAGAGACCCGUAUUGAGAAGAGGAUUGUGAUCACUGGAGACACUGAGAUUGAUCAUGAUAAGCAGGCUCUCGCUCAGGCUAUAAAGGAGGCAAAGGAGCAGCACCCUGAUAUGUCUGUCACUAAAGUGGUGGUGCAUCAGGAAACCGAGAUCACACCUGAGUAAGACCUGUAUUAGACACAAGGUGGAAAUCUGGGAUCAAUUGGUUUUUGAAUGUGAAAAAGGAUCCCUCGUGUCCAGCCCCUUCCCAUCAGCCUGCCAUGCCCACCCAGUUCCCCCACGGACAAACACUUCCUGUAGCAGCACACACACCACCAGCUGUGACCGCCACAUUCCAGACCCUAAACAUCUGUCAGACCUUGAACAUCUCAUUCUGCAAACUGAGCCUCUUUACAUUACGCCGAACCAAUAAUUCCAAGGAACAAAGGCGAGAUCUCAUCCACUUCUCGGCACCUCGGACGGACUUUUCCAAAAAACCUGCCUGACCUCUUCAAAUGCAGACAUUCGGUGACGGACUAAAACAAGUUAAAAAUGUUUUCUAAAAACAAAUUUUUAUCUCCAAUUCAAUGAUUUUUUUAAGAUGGAUUCCAAAGGGAUGGUUUAAACAUUAACAACUGGGUGGUGGGAAUUUAAAGGACAAUUUUCUAAAGUGUCAAAUUGUUCUUUUUUAAUUGAAUUUUAAUUUAUUUUAUUCUUGCAAUUGGUUGGUUUGGCCUCUGAUAAUGUUGUGACAGUGUUUUCGUUGAUACAGGGCAAAGGAGUAUUUUUUUUAAUUAUCUAAAACACUUAAAGGAUAAGUUCACCCAAAAUGAAAGUUCUGUCAUAAUUCUUUCACCCUCAUGUUUCAAAGUACAUGUUCCAAGAAUGAUUUUCUUUCUUCUGUCACCAUGUAACACGAAAGAAGUUUGCAUCAGUAUGAAAUGGUCACAGUGUCAAGCACAAGCAUGACAAAAAAGCCCCAUAAAAGUAUUAUAAAAUGUGUCCAUAUGACCUGUGCACUAUAUACCAUGUCUUCUGAAGCUGUAUGAUUUUCUGUGAAGAGCAAACCUUAAAGGGAUAGUUCACCCAAAAAUAAUAAUUCUCAUCAUUUGCACACCCUCAUGCCAUCCCAGAUGUGUUUUACUAUCUUUCUUCUGCAGAACACAACUCUGUAGGUCCAUACAAUGCAAGUGAAUGGUGACCAAAAUUUUGAAUCUCCAAAUUUAUAUAAAGGCAGUAUAAAAGUAAUCCAUAAUACUCCAGUGGUUAAAUCCAUAUCUUAAGAAGUGAUAUGAUAGGUGUGUGUGAAAAACAGAUCAAUAUUUUAGUCCUUUAUUACUGUCAAUCUCCACCUUUGACAAGUUCUGGUCAGUUGGUGGCGAUAUGCACAAAGAAUGUGAAUCACCAAAACAUUAUUGCAAAGAAAAAUGAUGUGAAAGUGAAGAUUUAUAGUAAAAAUAAUGACUUAAGUAUCUGUUUCUCAUUCACACCCAUCAUAUCAUUUCUGAAGACAUGGAUUAAAACACUGGAGUUUUAUGGAUUACUUGCCGAUUUUUGCAUUUUGGAGCUUCAAAGUUCUGGUCACCAUUCACUUUCAUUCUAUGGACCUACAGAGCUGAAAUUCUCUACUAAAAAUCUUCAUUUGUGUUCUGCUGAAGAAAUAAAGUCAUAUACAUCUGGGAUGGCAUGAGGGUGAGUAAAUGAUGAGAGAAUAUCCCUUUUUAUUAAGUUUGUAGUUGCUGAAAAUCUUCCCCUCCAGCUCUCAAAUCUCAUUUACAUUUAUUAUAUAAUGGCACUUGAAGACAGAAAAAAGAAAACUAAAAGAAAGUUUUUAGGACAAUAUUGUUGUGAGUAAAUAAAAUGAAAUUUUCUUUUAUGGGUGAACUGUUCUUUAACUCCAUCUCCAUUUUGUAAAGUCCCAUGUUUAAAUGUUCCUACUAAAUGUGAAAGUAUAAUUUUGUUCAGUUUUUUAUUGGGUAUAAAAAUAAGGUGUUGUUAUCUUUCAGAAUUCAGGGCCAAUUUCAAACGUAUUCUUGUGUUUUAAACUUCUAUUACUUUUCAUAUUGCUUGUAUGAUUUUUCUUUUGUUUGUUGGUGUCGUCCUGUCUCAUCAAGAGUAGGGGUUUAAAUGAUGGUUGGGGGUGGGGGAUUGUAGUGAGCCUACAUUCUAUGUUAUUUCUAUUUAUUUUCAUCAGUUUUUGUUUCUUGUUUGUGUGUGCUUUGCAUUUUAGAUGCCCUGCUCUCUUAAAUGCAUCUUUGACGUUUUUGUAUUAGAUAAAGCAUCCCGAACACCAGCUCCUGACAGUUUUUCAAUGAGAUUUGCAGGGAUAACUUUCAUUCAUUUUCAGUAUAUUUCUACUUUUCUACUAGAGGGGGCAGUAUGUUCUUACCCAUGAGCUCUAGGAAAAAGUAUCCACGCAACCUAGAGUGGUUUUAGGUGAAUUGAAAUUGAUUAGCCAGAAAUGGUGUUAAUUAGUGAUUAUUGUAAUUAAAAGUGGCUGAGAAUAAUCUUUUGUAUAAAAAAUAAAUAAAAAAAAGACUUAAAACUGACUAGAUGGAUUCUAUGACAAUUAAAAUGCAUUCCAGUAAUUCGAUGAGUCAUUCUAACCUAAAAAUUCUAAUUUUUUUAACGAUCAAAAUAGAAGAUUCUACAAAAUCUAAGUUGGAAGUUUGUGGAUUUUGUAUUGUGCAUCAACACUGCCAACAGCGCAAAAACUCUUGUGGUAAAACCUACUGCCCCACGUCAAGCUGACGAGUUCAGCAUGUCCAGUUUUAGAUGUCUAUUUUAAAAUGUUACGCUUUUAUAAUAGUUCAGGUAGUAUCCUGUACAGAGAGCAAGGUGUCGUAGUUCGUUCAGUGUGUUGUUUUCUUCUUGUGGCACUCCUUUCCUCUGAUAGUCUGGGGUGAAGAAAAGAAAGAACUUGUACGUUUAUCCUCAGAGAUUCUUUUUAUUCUCAUUGCACCUUUUCUUUGCCAUCACUGAAAAAAGACAAUUGUAAAAUAUAGUACCAUGCACUGAAUAAACUCCAACUUAGACAU